AUGGCUGACAAAAAGACCAAGGAAGCUGAGAACAAUGAUCAUAUUAAUUUGAAGGUGGCAGGGCAGGAUGGUUCUGUGGUGCACUUUAAGAUUAAGAGGCAUACACCACUUAGUAAACUAAUGAAAGUCUAUUGUGAAUGACAGUUGGAAAUGGAGGAUGAAGAUACAAUUGAUGUGUUCCAGCAACAGACAGGAGGUGUCUACUAAAAAAGGAACCUGCUACUUUAC